CCGAUCAUUGGGCAAGAGGAUGCCCACAAAGUCGACCGCGCGGAGCCGCCCGCCCAGCCGGAGGCCCCCCACGCCAACCCGGGGCGCCGAUGCAACAGGCAGCAACAGCUCCAUUUGGUGGACGGCCCUGGCAACAGCCACAAACACACGGAGGUCAGUACUACCAACAUGAUGAUCUCUGGUGUGGACAAUUUGAAUAGGGCUGCCCGGGAAGCCAGAGAAGCAGUGGCGCGGCGGAGCCAAUGCUUCAUGUGACAGUGGAGGGAAAACCUGUGCAGAUGCUGGUGGACACAGGAGCAACUUAUUCAUCAAUAAACACUGCCCUACCUGUAUCCUCACUGUCAAAGAAAACAACAACUUUAGUCGGCUUUUCGGGACAACCACGAACUCUGCCUUUUACCAAACCACUUGAGACGGUGAUCACCCAGACGGGGUGUAGACUGUGGCACAAAUAUAUCCAUUCUACAGACACUCCGAUCAAUUUGAUGGGGAGGGAUUUGCUGUCAGCCGUUGAAGCUAAAAUCCUGUGUGGGCCGGAGGGAGUGAUAAUUCAAUUUCCAAAUGGUGUCAGCAUUCCGUGCUCACAGCAGCUACAACAACAUGGCCAGUGGCUGAUGGCGCCCCUACAGACAGAAGCAGAAACUGCAACCAUCUACUGGGCCAGGCUGGAGCCAGAAACCCCUGCUGGUGGCGGUGUGUUCUCGACCUACCUACUGUGGAAGCCCUGGAUCUGCUCACUGGCGCCAUACCACCCACCUGUUGAUCCUUUGCAUUGCACUCUAUAUUAUGACCGAAAAAGUGAUGAUGUUUAUCGGGAUUUGUUUGAAGAAAUUGAAGGGCACAUGUGGGAUUUAACUUCAUCAUGCAUUUUGAUUGGUAAAGAGGGAGUUGCAGCAGCUACUGAAUUAACACCUGAACAAAUGCAGUGGUUCAAAAUGACAGAAAAAAGGGGUACCACACAUUUCGCUAGCUCUUGCCCCAGGUCAUGAAGCCAGACAAUUGGGCUCAAUGGUCAAACAUUUGUUGCUGCAAACCGACUGGCGGAAAACACACAUCCCUAAUUUGUAUUGGUCAGAGUCUCAGAAAGCUUACCAAAUUAAACAACCCAUGGUAGACUCAGGGCUGCUGGAGAUGAUGUUGGUAUCUCGCACACAUGGCAGGGAAUUAACUGAUCAUGAGGACGCUGAAGUAAUGCUCGCGGCCUUGCCCGACACCUUGUGGUCCCAAGGUCCAUUUGAUGUCGGGUUUUGUCACUCGAUGGCCCCUAUUGAUCUCCAAAUGGAUGAGACGCAGCCUAUCAAACGACCCCAAUAUCGUUGGCCGAGUGAGGCGGACCAAGGCAUGGAAGACACUCUGUGCGGCCUCUGGGACGCAGGGGUGUUGGAAGUGUCAUGCUCCGAAUGGAACACCCCGUUAAGGCCAGUCCAAAAAGCAGAUGGGAAAACAUGGCGCAUGGCACAUGAUUUGAGAGCAGUAAAUGAUGUCACUAUAACUCCUGUUCUUCCCGUGCCAGACCCGCACCGAAUCCUUGCAUCAUUGAACCCUGCCUAUCAGUGGUUCACCGUAAUUGAUUUGGCUAAUGCCUUCUUCUGCCUCCCGCUUUCCCCCUCAGUGCGGCACGUGUUCGCCUUCACUUACAAAGGGAUGAAAUUGCAAUACACACGCAUGCCGCAGGGAUUCAAAAAUUCGCCAGGAUUGUUCAAUCAGGUCCUCAAAGAACUCCUCGAACCAUGCCAAAUGCCGGAUGGCACAUUGUUGUUGCAAUAUGUCGAUGAUUUGUUGAUUGCAGCAAAAGACGAGCAGACGUGUCUUGAAGGAACAAAGAAAGUGUUGUUGUGGUUAGGGGAGAAAGGGUUCAAGGUGUCAAGAAAGAAACUGCAAUGCUGUCGCCAACAGGUCACUUUUCUGGGACGUGUGUUGACCCCUAGUGGCCUCGCCAUGUCGCCUGAACAUAGAAGCUCCAUCCUCCGACACCCACGGCCCGCCACCGUCCAGGAGAUGCUAUCAUUCCUGGGGUUGUGCGGCUACAGCAGACAUUACAUACCCUGUUUUGCUGACAAAACUGGUGUCCUACGGGCCCUGAUCCGCGAACAGGGGGCGAGGAAUCUCAGGGCUUGCCUGGUUUGGACACCGGAGGCUGCUGAGGUCUUUGUGUCACUGGUGCAGGAGCUGGCCUCUGCUGCGGCUUUGGCCACUCCUGACUACACUCUGCCCUUCCAUCUAGAUGUCUCUAUUUCAGGGAAAGUUGUGAAUGGAGCUCUGUACCAGAAAAUGCAGCAUGGACGUGCAGUGUUGAUGUAUUGCAGCGUCCCCUUGGACAACAUUGAGCAACGACAACCCGAUUGUUCCAGAUAUGCGGCUGGCCUGGCAAAGGUCUUACUCAAAACAGCCCACACGGUCAUGGGGCAUCCAGUUUAUGUGUUAACUGAUCAUGCAGUGUCUUCAUUUGUCGCAUCGGCGGCGUUCACGUUGACUCCACUGCGACAAACACGGUUGUUGAAAAUAUUGACUGCCCCAAAUGUCAACUAUGUCCAUUCCGGAGUGAACAUGGCCGAUCAAUUGUUGGUGGGACCCCAUGAGUGUGCAUCAAAGGUCCAGACGGUGGCGAAAGUCCGACCUGACCUCUAUUCCACUCCGCUCGGGCACGGUCGUGUGGUGUUCACAGAUGGCUGCUGCUGGAGAGACAGGAUGGGCUCCCUCCAUGCGGCCGCGGCUGCGGUCGAGUGGAGGGAUGGUUCCUUCCAGCCUCUUAAAGUGAUGAAGCUCAACACCCACCCAUCGGCCCAGGCGGCAGAAGUCUUUGCUCUGGUGUUAGCUUUACGACAAUGCAAGGGGGAAGCCGUGACCAUCUAUUCUGACUCCGCUUAUGCGGUGUCGGCGGCUUUACUCGAUCUGGUGGGGUGGCUGCAGAAUGGGUUCACGACGGCCAGGGGCUCGGAGAUUGCGCACAAGGAUUUGAUGUUGCAUUUGUUUGAGGCAUUGAAGUACCCGAGCGAGGUGGCCAUUGUCAAAGUGCCUGGUCACUCCAAAGCUGACACCUUAGUAGCUAGGGGGAAUCGAGCGGCUGAUGAAUUGGCCAAGCAGACGGCCGGGUAUGGCGGGGCAGAGGACAUGAUGGUGUCCCGCGGUCCACUAAUUGUGGACGGGGAACACCCCGACUCCUGGUGCCACGUCCCCGGAACAAAAUCGGUCUGGCUGGCAGCAAAGGCUGUCAAACGAUCAGAUGGCUUGUGGCUUGGAGAAAAAUCCGCUGCGGCUGCGGCGGAGGAAGGUGUGUCGGUGGAGAAACAGCUCACGCCGUACGUGUACGUCCGAGUCAUCUCCAGGAAGUGGACGGACCCCCGGUGGAAGGGCCCCUUUCGUGUCUUGGCCAGGACGUCUCACGCGGCCCAACUCGACUUCAAAGGACGCCGGUGGUAUCACUACUCACAACUCCGUCCGGCCCCAGAGUUUGUUCCGUCAGGAUGA